CAUCGAGCGGCUCAGUGAGCAGACGGCACCAAUCAAACACCGGACACAUCGAGCUGCUCGGAACAAACCGGAGAAAAGUUGAAGAACUCCGGUAACCGGAGGAACUGAAUCCGGCUCUUUACUGGCAGGAUGGUCUGUUUCAAGUUAACGGAGUGACGUCACCAGGUGUCAGUAAUGCUGCAGCUCCCCCUGGUGGUGACGACUCAGGUGGACCUGGUCCUGGUGCUGGUCUCCCUGCUGGCGUUCUGGACCCGACUGAGCCGCCUCAGCUCCCCCAACGCCGUGGUGUUCGAUGAGGUGUAUUAUGGUCAGUUUGUGUCUCUCUACAUGAAGAGAGUCUUCUUCAUCGAUGACAGCGGCCCGCCGCUCGGUCACAUGAUCAUGGCCCUCGGAGCAUACCUGGGGGAAUUUGAUGGGAACUUUGUGUGGAACAGAAUCGGGGCAGAGUAUCCCAGCAGUGUGAGUGUGUGGAGUCUGCGUUUGCUGCCGGCUGUGUGUGGUGCUCUCUGCGUUCCUCUGGUUUACCUGUUGACUCUGGAGCUGAAGUUCUGUCACCUGUCGGCUCUCGGAGCUUCAGCGCUGCUGCUGCUGGAGAACUCUCUGAUCGUCCAAUCCCGUUUCAUGUUACUGGAGUCUCUCCUCAUCUUCUUCGUUUUAGUGGCCUUGCUCUCCUACCUGAAGUUCCACAACCAUCCCAACAGCUGGUUCAGAUACUGUUGGCUUCUGCUUUCUGGAGCUUCAUGUGCUGCAGCUGUGGGGGUGAAGUAUAUGGGUGUGUUCUCCUACCUGCUGCUGGUGGGCGUGGCCUCUCUGCACACCUGGAACCUGAUUGGAGACCGAACUCUGAGUGUGUGUGUGCAGUGUGUGUGUCGAGCUGUGUGUCUGUUGGUGGUUCCUGUCCUCCUCUAUGUGUUCUGGUUCUACCUCCACCUGACUCUCCUCCAUCGUAGCGGACCACAUGACCAACUGAUGAGCUCCGCCUUCCAGGCCAGUCUGGAGGGCGGUCUCUCCAGAAUCACUCAGGGUCAGCCUCUGGAUGUCUCUUAUGGUAGUCAGGUGACUUUAAGAAGCUCCGCCUCCCAACCAAUCCCCUGCUGGCUCCACUCGCACAAAGCCAACUACCCAAUCAGGUAUGAAAAUGGUCGGGGCAGCUCUCACCAGCAGCAGGUCACCUGUUAUCCUUUCAAAGACGUCAACAACUGGUGGAUCAUAAAAGACGCCGGCAGACAGGAGCUGGUGGUCAGUAGUCCUCCUCGACCUGUCCGUCAUGGUGAUGUCAUCCAGUUGGUCCAUGGGAUGACCUCUCGCUUCCUCAACAGUCAUGAUGUAGCAGCUCCCAUGAGCCCUCACUCUCAAGAAGUUUCCGGUUACAUCGACUUCAACGUUUCCAUGGCAGCACAGAACCUGUGGAGAGUGGACAUCUCCAACAGGGAGGCGGAGUCCGAGUCCUGGAAGACGAUCAUGUCUGAGGUUCGAUUGGUCCACGUGAACACCUCAGCUGUCCUCAAGCUGAGUGGCGUGUCUCUUCCAGACUGGGGUUUCCGUCAGUUGGAGGUUGUUGCAGAGAAACUGUUUAAGGCUCACAGCAGCAGUUUGGGCUGGACCGUCGAGGAGCACCGAUAUGGAACCAGUCAGGAGCAGAAGGAGAGGGAGGCAGAGCUUCAUUCUCCAACUCAUAUUGACGUGGACAGAAAAAUGUCCUUCUGGGCAAAAUUUUUGGAGCUACAGUGGAAGAUGCUGACGGUGAAACAGGAAGACUCUGAGCACAAAUAUAGCUCAUCCCCUUUGGAGUGGAUCACCAUGGAAACCAACAUUGCAUACUGGCUGCACUCCUCCACCAACGCUCAGAUCCAUCUGAUUGGUAACCCGGUGUCGUGGGGCGUGGCCCACCUCAGCCUGCUGGCCUAUCAGCUGCUGGCAGCCGUCUACCUGCUGAGGAGGAGGCGGGGCUUAAAAGACCUCCCUGAUGGUGUGUGGGCUCAGUUUGUGUGUCUGGGAUGUGUGUGUGUUGGUGGCUGGUUGGUGAACUUUGUUCCAUUCCUCCUGAUGGAGAAGACUCUCUUCCUGUAUCACUACCUGCCGGCCCUCUGCUACCUGCACCUGCUGAGCCCCGCCCUGCUGGAGCACACACACACCCACCUGCUCAGCAGAUCGACACACCGCCACGCGCUGGGUGUGUGCGUGUGCGUUGGGUUGGUGUGUGUGUUCCUGUCCUAUCGAACCUUCUGCCCUUUGACCUACGGGACACCAGAGCUAUCGGCCAGUCAGCUGCAAGCACUUAAGUGGAGAGACUCCUGGGACAUCCUGUACCGGCGCCGCUAGGCAGAGAGACAAACACAAGAAGCACUCCAUUAACGGCAGGUGUUUGCGUGUGAUGUCAGAGGUGAUGUCAUGUUGGAGCAGAUUAAGAAGCACACGAUUCUCCCACAAUGCAAUGCACCAAGAGAGGAGGAGUGUGACAUCACACACAUCAAUUCAACAGUAAAGGUGUGUUCUGCUCAGACAGGACCUCUGAAAACCUGUAAGAAGUUUUAACAUGUAUGAAGUCUGGUGUGAAGCUCAGAGUCCAACUGCAAAUAAACAGAAUCAAAUGAAA